AAUUGCAAAUAUCGAUAACACAAUGUCAUGGCAAUUUCACGACUUCCAACACUGCCAGAGAAAGAAUUGCAUUCCACUAAACAUUCCAAUCUUCACAGGCGAGUCUUCUAAGACGAAUCUUUCCAGGCGAGUCUUCCCAAAGAAACAGAAAAUGGACAGCAACGGAUUCUCUCGAGGACUGCAGGCUGAAAAAAUACUCUCUGCGUUUACGGAUGCAAACGGAACCACGAUGUUCAACAUCAAGUUCAAGGACUCACCAGUGGUGGAGCAGCUUCCCGCUUCCGACGCCAAUAGGCGCAUACCACACAUGGUGAUCGAGUUCUACUGGGACCACCUAUCCCUGCCCCUCAAAACCGAGAAAGGGGAAGCCGCGAAGGGGGAGAGCCAAAGAGGAUGAUUAUUAAUUAAAUUCUAUUAUGCAGAAAGCGAAA